AUGGCCCGCCCCAUGGGGUCAGUUCGCUUGAAGAAGGCGAACCCAGUCACCCUUCUUCUCGGCGCAGUGCUGUGCAUUUUUAUCAUUGUCUUUCUCGUCGGGCCCUCCAAGUCGGUUAAGGCAGAACCAGCCGGGACCGCCUCUCACCACCUAUCACCGCCAACCGCACCCUACCGAAAGAAGGCCAAAGGCGACACGAGGCCGCCACCGGUCGUCCGCUACAACCUCAACAAUGUCACCAUCACGACCGAUCCAAUUGGCAACCGCGAGUCCGUCCUUAUCUUGACGCCGAUGGCGCGUUUCUACCAGGACUACUGGGACAACCUGCUCAACCUGAACUAUCCCCACGACCUUAUCUCCCUCGGCUUCAUCCUGCCCAAGACCAAGGAGGGAAAUGCUGCGACGGCGGCUUUGCAGGAACAGAUCACCAAGACUCAGAGCUCGGAGAAGAACCGCUUCAAGAGCAUCGUCAUUAUGCGGCAGGAUUUCGAGCCAGCCAUCACAUCCCAAGACGAGAGCGAGCGGCACAAGAUGGAGAACCAGAAAGCCAGGCGGGCCGUCAUGUCCAAGGCCCGUAAUUCGCUGCUGUUCACAACCUUGGGGCCCCAAACAUCGUGGGUUCUGUGGCUGGAUGCCGACAUUGUCGAAACGCCGCCAUCUCUCAUCCAGGAUCUAGCAUCGCACGACAAGCCCGUCAUCGUCCCUAACUGUUUCCAGCGGUUUAUGAACACCGAGACCAAUAAGAUAGAGGAGCGGCCCUACGACUUCAACAGCUGGCAGGACAGUGAGAUUGCGCAAAAGAUGGCCGAGACAAUGGGUCCAGACGAUAUCUUGCUCGAGGGGUACAAGGACAUGCCAACGUACCGUGCGUUGAUGGCGUACUUGGGCACCGACGACAAAGACAAACGGAUGGAAAUCCCGUUGGACGGCGUCGGCGGCACCGCGCUACUCGUCAAGGCAGACGUCCACCGUGAUGGGGCUAUGUUCCCGCCAUUCUCCUUCUACCAUCUCAUCGAGACCGAGGGCUUUGCCAAGAUGGCGAAGCGCUUGGGCUGGCAGCCGUUUGGCCUCCCGAACUACAGAGUCUAUCACUAUAAUGAGUAG